AUGCGUGUCGCUGGCGGCAUUGCUGUCGUCCUCAGCUUGGUUGGCGCAGCCUCCGCAUCCCUUCACCCCCGAUCUCAUGAAUCUCGCGACUUCUUCGCCCUUCAUCUCGACGAUGCCACCCCUCCCGCCCAUGUUGCACGGAUGCUUGGUGCUCGACAUGAGGGCCAGAUCGGAGAGCUGCGAGGCCAUCACACUUUCUCCCUGCCGCGCGAGCAGAGCUCGAACUUCAACGUCUUGUUAGAUGAUUUGAAAUCCAGGCGAAAGCUUCGCCGUCGGUCGGGGGAUGGCGCCGCAUCUCGAAGUGAGGAUCCGCUGGAGGGCAUUCUAUGGUCACAAAGGCUGGAGCCGCCCAGGCAAAGGCUGCAGAAGCGGAUGCCGCCCCCUUCCAAGCACACCGUCGAGAGGGUCAGCCCCAGGGCUGACCUGAAGGCGCUGGAGCAACAGAGCAAGAUGAUGUCAACCUUGGGGAUCACCGACCCGAUAUUUAAAAACCAAUGGCAUCUAUACAACGUCCUGCAACCUGGCCAUGAUCUCAAUGUUACAGGCAUCUGGCUGGAGGGUAUCACUGGUCAUGGGGUGGCGACGGCUGUGGUUGAUGAUGGAUUAGAUAUGGACAGCAACGACUUAAAACCAAACUAUUUUGCCCAGGGCUCUUGGGAUUUCAACGAACAUGGGCCCGAGCCUCGACCUCUCCUUUAUGAUGACAAGCACGGUACGCGGUGCUCGGGCGAAAUCGCAGCGGCGAAGAAUGACGUGUGUGGUGUUGGUGUUGCAUAUGACAGCAAGGUAUCCGGGAUUCGAAUUCUGUCCAAGGCGAUUGACGACGUCGACGAAGCUGCAGCCAUCAACUUUGCUUUCCAGGAUAAUGAUAUUUACUCAUGCUCGUGGGGGCCCCCUGACGAUGGUGCAACGAUGGAUGCGCCGGGGCUUUUGAUCAAGCGCGCGAUGGUCAAUGGCGUGCAGCAAGGACGUGGUGGAAAGGGCUCGAUUUUCGUGUUUGCUGCCGGAAACGGAGCUAUGUUUGGCGACAACUGCAAUUUCGACGGGUAUACCAACAGCAUUUACAGUGUCACUGUAGGUGCUAUUGAUCGUCAAGGAAACCACCCGACCUAUUCGGAGUCCUGCUCAGCACAGCUAGUGGUCGCGUACAGCAGUGGGUCUGGAGAUGCGAUCCACACAACUGACGUUGGUGCGGACAAGUGCUACUCCCAGCACGGUGGCACGUCAGCGGCUGGUCCGCUCGCCGCAGGCUCGAUUGCCCUUGCACUCAGCGCUCGGCCUGAGCUCACCUGGCGUGACAUCCAAUAUUUGAUGAUCGAGUCUGCGGUACCAGUGAAGGAAAACGAUGGCAGCUGGGUAGAUCUGCCGUCUGGCAAGAAGUUCAGCCACGACUGGGGCUUUGGCAAGGUCGAUACCUAUUAUUUGGUUCACAAGGCUCAGACCUGGGACCUUGUGAAGCCCCAGGCGUGGUUCAACUCUCCCUGGUUGCGUGUGCACAACAACAUCCCCCAGGGCUCCCAGGGUCUGCUCAGUCGGUAUGUGGUGACGGACGACCACCUCAAGGGUGCCAAUUUUGGGAAGCUGGAGCAUGUGACGGUCACAAUGAACGUCAACCAUACUCGUCGUGGUGAUCUCAGUGUGGAACUGCGUAGCCCAAAGGGUAUUAUCAGUCAUCUGAGUGUCGCUCGCGAUAGCGAUAAUGAAAAAUCCGGCUAUGUUGACUGGACUUUCAUGUCCGUCGCUCACUGGGGUGAAUCGCCUGUGGGAGAGUGGACGGUGAUCGUCAAAGACUCUCAAGUCAACGAACACACUGGCGUCUUUAUCGAUUGGAGACUCAACCUCUGGGGUGAGUCCGUCGAUGGAACUAAUCAGCCGCUCCACCCGCUACCGGAGGAGAACGACGACGACCACCCUUACGAGGAAGCCCAUGUGGCUACAACUACUGUUGAGCCUCUGCCAACAAAGACAGCCACUCCUACCAACCCUGACGACCACCAUGACCGGCCUGUCAACCAAAAGCCCGGCGAGGCGUCCGAGACGGGAUUCCCAGCCGAAGAAUUGGAAUCUACCAUUACCGCCACUGCCACCAGCACCGCUUCUCCUACCUCCACCUCUGCGUCGGACCAUUUGUCCAGCUACCUUCCCUCCUUCGGGGCUUCGAAGCGCACUCAGGUCUGGAUCUACGCAUCCUUGGGCAUGAUUAUUGUCUUCUUCAUCGGCCUGGGUGUCUACUUCCAGCUCCAGCGGCUUAAGCGCCGCCGCACCAACCCCAACGAUGACUAUGAGUUCGAAAUGAUCGAGGACGAAGACGAGAUACACCCCAUGGCUGGGGCAGCUGGUCGGCCUCAGCGUCGUGGUGGUGAACUGUAUAAUGCAUUCGCCGGGGAGAGCGACGAGGAAAUCUUCAGUGAUGAUGAGGAACCAUACCGGGAUCGUCUUGCCAAUAUCCCGGAGAAAGAUGGCGAGGAUGACUCGCCGAAUGAUCACCUUUUGUCUGAAAAGAGGUGA